AUGCCAUCCAAACCCAAAAAGAAGGCGAAACUCGCCACUGCUAGUAGCGCUAGCCAUGUGAUAGAAGAAACCCAGGGACUACAUAGCGUGUCGGAUGAAAGUCGAAGAGUCAUAUACAAUGCAACUUGUAAAGCAUUGGACCUGGAGGAAGCUUCGUUGGACAAGAGUUCUUGGCAGAAGCUGAAUAGUAAGGCUGUUCCUGACAUCUUCUACCCGGUGGAACUGCCAGGUGUUGAGGCUGGUAAGCCCGUUACUUUUUACAUGUCUGACGUGAAAAAGUGCAUCAAGGCCGUCAUAGAACGAUGCCCCAACUAUGGCGAAAGGACUGAACAGCUGCUGAAUCAUCGUCCUGAAACAGUUUUUCAGAUGCUGCUUUAUAACGACGAGGCUAGCGGAGGCAACAUCUUGGCGCCUAACUCGGGCAAGAAGGCCUCGCUAUGGUACUUUUCUUUGAAGGAAGCUGGCUUCUUAUGGUCAGACACGGUCUGGCAUCCAUUGAGCCUUCUGCAGCAUCAACAGUUUGAACAAAUUCAGGGAGGGUUUUCAGCGGCGGUGAGGAAAAUCGUUCUGGAGCUAAACGGUCAAGACUUGAAACACGGUAUCCCAGUACAGUUUCCAAACCGUUUGGGUCUGGUGCGUCUGGACUAUCGCUAUAUGAUUAGCGAUCUCGACAGUAUACGGUAUGCCUUGGACGCCAAAGGUUCUGCUGCCAUUAGGCGCUGCGUUUUCUGUAAGAACUGCAUCAAGAAACACACCAACCUUGAACACUACAACGACUUCUUCGAGGACAUUACCUCUCACCGUCUUGAGCGAUUUCACCGGCAAAGCGACAGCGAAAUCUUUAGUGUCGUUGACAACUUGAGUGCUGUUGCACCGAAUGUAUCCAGGGCAGCCCUGCAAAAGAAAGAGAUUGCCUGCGGCUUCAGGUUCAAUCCUGCGGGUUUGUUGAGCGACCCUUUGGCGCGUGAUGCUCUGCCACCGAGCGCCUUUCUUCUAGACUUUAUGCAUUUGUAUUGGAGUUGCGGGAUCAUUUCUUGGGAAGUGAACGCACUUCACGCCAAAUGGAGUGAGACCGGAAUUGGCGAUCUAGAGCAGUUCUUGUCCAUGGAGUGGCGCACUUCCGUGCAAAGCUGCACGCCAUCUUUUCGAAAGCGGCUUGUGGCGCCUUUAACUUUGAGGGAAAUGGAAAGUUUCAAUGCGUUGCGACGCAUCAGCAUUGAAUUACGGAGCAUUGCUGGGAGUUCUGCACCUCUUGCUACUGAGCGGCUACAAGAACUACAAGUCGCACAUCAGUCUUUGGUUGUUGAAGUGUAUUCUGAGAGCUUUGUGAAACCGAAACAUCACCAACGGUUUCAUGCGGCUGAGCAGUUGAAACAAACCGGCUUCUACGUCGACUGUUUUGCGAUGGAGCGAAAGCACAAGCAGUUCAAGUCGCAUAUCGGUUUGCACCGUUACGACCCAAAAGUGCAAGAGGACAAGGGUGAGUUCAGUCAUUUUGUUCAGCGAGAGAUAUGGAAGCAUCACAUCACUUCAUUGGCGGCCUACCAGUUUGGCACCGCAUUGCAGGGUGCACAAUCUUCAUCGGAGACCGUUGGGCAAAGUCUUGGGGAAAGCAACUGUAUGGUGGCAAAGAAGGUCCUUCACAAAGGACAUACUUAUUCAGAGAAUGAUGUGUUACUGGGGGCGCACCCCUGCACGGUUGACUCAGCAGUGCAAGAUGGCACGGAGUUCUAUCUCCUUAUUCAGCCGCUUGAAAUCGAAGAGCGGACAGAGUUUUGGAGCUCUUGGCGUGUUACUGGCCGGAAGCGCUUGCUGCACAUUUCCUUGGCCGGGCGAAGUCCUACAUGGUGGUUGCAGCUGGACGCAGAGAAGCUGCUUUGCCUUCACUGA